UUAGUAUACCGCUUUGGGGUUAAUAUGUUGUGUCAUUUAUUUAGUGAGGUGUGUCUUGGUGUUUGUUUUAGUAUAAAAGCUCUCUAUAGUUUAGUCUUGGUCUCAGUAUUUGUGGUUUUAUUCCAUUUAGUUGUACAUAUUGUACAUCAUUGUUAUUUUUUAUUUAUAUUAUGAUUAAGCAGAGUUUGUUAUUACUUUCUUAUCUCGGUUAUUCUUUUGUUAGUACUAAAAUAAAGGAAUUUAGUACCUAACAAACUUUAUAGAUUUUUAAACCAUGUUUAAAUUCAAUUUUUAGCGAUUUAUUAAACUUUCAAAAAAUGCUUUAUUCAUUGCCAAUAGAAACAAAGCUUGAUAUUUUUAAAUGUCUCAGCUAUAAAGAAUUAUGUUCAAUCAGUCUGACUAAUUUUUAUCUUCAUGAUUUUAUAAGUAAUAUUGAGGGAAAACUUGCUCGGGAGAAAUUAAAUUGCAUUUCUAUUAAGGAUUUCAUUCGAGUUAAAAAGAAUCCGCAUAAAUUGAUUAAACCUACAGCUGAAAAUUUUAACUUUUCAUUGAAUGAAGAGCUUGAAGAGAAGUUUAAAAAUGGACCAGAAACCCCAAUUCCUUUGUAUUUACCUGAACAUGAUUUAAACAAAUACAAUGUUAUUUGCUUAUCUACAGUUUCCGGGAUUGGAUACAAUAUUCUACUGAAAUUUCCAACCAUUAUUAAAAGCAACGAAGACAUCACAAUUGUUUAUUAUUAUUUAAAUAAAUUAUUUAAUUGUUCUUUUGAAAAUGGAGAGUUUAAAGAAUUUAUAUUCAAUCCAGAACUGAUUCAAUUAUUAUUUGGAAAUGCUAGAAUUCCAAAGCAAGUCUAUAUUAAUAAUGAAUGUUCUCUGUCAAUUACGAAGCACAAUAUUGAAAAUUUAUUUCAAUUCACUUCAAAUAAUUUAGUCAGUAAAACUCUUCAUUGUUUUCUUCGUCUAGAAACAAAUGUUAUGGCAAAAUAUAUAGAUGAUUUAUUUAAAUUUUUAACAAAUGGAGGAGACAAUUUUGAAGUAGUUGAAAUGAAGUUUUACACUUCUACAGGAAGAUUGGAUCAUGCUAUAAAUGUUUCAAUGCUUUAUGAUUAUAUUGGUAAAUAUAUAGCUAUUUCUAGAGACUGUUCAAAAAUAGUGCCCGUCAUUAUGGUAUAUUAUUUAAGUUCCACACGUCUUCAAUUAAACGAUAAAGCAGAGAAAGUUGAAAUUAAACAUUUAAAUGGUAAUAGAUAUACAGAAUUCCAAAUUGCUAAUGUUUAUGAUCCAAAAGUGAAAUUCUCAUUUUUAAUUGGAGAAAUGAACGGAAAUGGAUCGACUUUUUAUAUUCAAAUCGAAAAAAUGAAAGAUUGA